AUGACGUUGUCUAAGCUUGCUGGCGCAUCCACUCUCCGCCAGGCCAUUCCACUCUGGAUUAACGGCCGCCAACGAGUCACUACCAAUCCCUUCACAGUCCACAGCGCCAUUACCGAGAAGACCAUCUAUCAAUGCUCGAGCGCCUCGUCGACAGACGCAGAUGAUGCCUUAGCUGCUGCUUCAGCAGCCUUUCCAGCAUGGGCUACCACCAAACCCUCAUUUCGCCGCGAUAUACUCCUGCGAUCCGCAGAUCUAUUUGACAAACGCCGCGAUGAACUCGAAGACACGAUCCGCGAGGAGAUCGGCACAGACGCAGGCUUCGCUCGAUUCAAUACAGCCUCCGCAGCCGAAAUGCUCAGAGACGCAGCAGGACGACUUUCUCAGAGCCUAAUGUGGCAAAUUCCACACCCACGAGAGAACGGACAGAAUGCCCUGCUCUACAAAGUAUCCUACGGCGUCGUCCUGAGAAUAGCCCCCCUGGAACGCAGCGUACCUCCUCGGCGUUCCGCAACUCUAUAUCCGAUAGCAGCGGGUAAUUCGUGCAUCCUAAAAGGCGCAGAAAUGAGCCCACGCUGCUUCCAUCAUAUUGGCGAGAUAUUCCACGAAGCGGGUCUUCCGCCCGGUGUGCUGAAUGUGCUUUAA